AUGGCUACUGCUGCGAUUCAGAAUGUUUCGGACGAGCAGCUGCCUAAAGACCCUAUCGCGGUGGAGCCCGUUCAGGCCGCACCCACCCCAAUCACACUCGACGAGAAGCCAGCGACCAAUGGCGGGGAUAUCCCUGCUGAACCGGAAGUUCCUUUGACAGCAGCACAAAAGAAAAAGGCCAAGAAGGCGAAGAAGAAGCAGCAGAAGCGACAGGAGAGCAUCAGCUCGGCUGCUCCCGAUGCCUCUGCGACAGACUCUGCGCCGGAAGCUGCUUCGACCGAGGAGCCUGCCACAGCACCCGCAGAGACGGAGGAAUCUGCCCCUGAGCCGGUCGCCGACGAGCCGAAGGCCACCGAGUCCGUCCAAGAGCCAGUGACCAAGGACGAGAUUCAACCGACGGCCGAAGAGAAGACGGAGGCUACCUCGGAGACCGUCGAGACCGCCACAGAGGCGCCUACUACUGAAGAGUCGACGGUCGAAGAGGUGACCCCGGAGGUUGCCAAGGAAGCUCCUGCUGAAGAGACUGUCGUCGAGGAGCCAGCCAAGGAAGUGCUUGCCGAGGCGCCUCCCACCGAAACCCCCACCGUCGAGCCUAAGGAGGUCUCCGAAGAUAAGCCUAUCGCAGAGGAAUCGGCUGAGGUUUCCACUAGCGAAGAGCCUGUUGAGGAGCCUACUACCAAGGAGACCGUUAUCGAGGCGGCCCCUAACGCCGUUGAGUCGACCGAGACCGAGACUCCCUCCGCCGAGGAGAAGGUUGAGGAACCGACCACUACCGAAACCGUCGACGCCGAGGACCCUAUCGCCAAUGAGACUGUCGCCGAGGAGUCGACAGAAACUCCUUCUACCGAGGAGAAGAUUGAGGAACCUACUGCCACCGAGGCUGUCGCCGCUGAGGAGCCCGCUGCUCAGGAACCCGUCACUGGAGAAGCCCCCGAAAUCACCGAGGAAUCGACUGAAGUUCCUUCUACGGCGGAGACGGUCGAGGAGCCCAGUUCUGCCGGCGAUGUUGUCGUUGAGCAACCCGCUGUUGAAGAGCCCGUUGCCGAAAAGGCUGCUAUCGAGGAGCUCAAGGAAGAUUCCAAGACCGAAGAGCCCUCUAUUGCACCCGAGACAACUGAGGAGGCCACUUCUAAGACUGAGGAAACUCCCGCACCUGCCGCUGCAAUCUCCGAGCCCUCUGCCACCCAAGAGACUACCGUCGCCGAGCCCGUCGCUGAGGUGAUCCCUGAGGCAACCCUCGAGGCGCCUCGGGAGGAGGAGUCCCCAGCUGAGGAAUCUAAGGUUGAGGAGACUGUGGUUGAAGAGCCUGUGGUUGAAGAACCCCAGGUUGAAGAGCCUGUGGUUGAAGAACCUAAGGUGGAGGAGCCUAAGGUCGAGCACGGAGCCGAAGAAUCCUCCAAGGAGGCUAUCGUCGAAGAAGCCACCGGAAUCGCCGCUAACGCGGAGACUCUAGCUGAGAAAGCUCCUAAGGAAUCUGCUUCUGAAACCCCCGCCGAGGCACCGAUUGAGAAUGAGGAGCCUGUCGAGGAGCCAUUGAAGGAGACCCCAGUCGAGAAGUCCGUCGAAGCUGCUACCGCGGCGCCUGUUGUCGCCGAGGAGCCUAUCGAAAGCCUCGCUGCCGAGGCUGCGUCGGUGCCAGCUGAGGAGAAGGUGGUCGAAGCCGAGACUGUUGCUCCCGAGACUGUUGCUCCCGAGACUGUUGCUCCCGAGACUGUUGCUCCCGAGACUGUUGCUCCCGAGACUGUUGCUCCCGAGCCUAUUGCUGCUGAGCCUGCUUCUGCUGAGGAGGUAGCUAUCCAGGAGUCUGAAGCCGCUGCUACUGAAGAGCAGAAGACCGAGGACCUUGUUGUUGAGGCACCUACUACCACUGAGGUUGCUGCUCCUACUGAAGCCGCUGUUGUGGAUGCUACCCCUGUCGAGGAAGAGACCAAGGCUGCUGAAUUGGCCACUGCCGAAGCUCCAGUCACCGAAACGGCUGAAGAAGCUAUUUCUGCCACUGCCGAGUCUUCCGAGAAGCUUGCUGAACCGGCCGUUGAGGAGGCUAUUGCCGAGCCUGCCAAGACCGGGGAGCCUAUUGAGGAGGCACCUAAGGAGGAAGCGUCUGAAGCUGUCGUCGCCGAAGAACCUCCUCACGAGGAGCUGGCUCCCGAGACUAAGGUAGAGGAGCCUAUUGAGACCCCUGCUGUUAAGGAGGAGGUCCACGAGGAGCAUGCUAAGGAGAAGGAGGCCGAAGCAGUGCCUGUCGUCGAGGAGCCCGCUGCUGUCGAGGAACCUGUUACUGUCGAAGAGCCCGCCGCUGCCAUCGAAGAGCCGGCUGCUGCUGUCGAAGAGCCCGCCGCUGUCGAGGAGCCCGCUGCUGUCGAGGAGCCCGCCGCUAUUAUCGAGGAGCCCGCCGCUGCUGUCGAGGAGCCGGCUGCUAUCGAAGAGCCCGCUGCUAUCGAGGAGCCCGCUGCUGCUAUCGAGGAGCCCGCCGCUGCUGUCGAGGAGCCCACCGCUGCUGUCGAGGAGCCCGCCGCUGCUAUCGAGGAGCCCGCCGCUAUCGAGGAGCCUAUUACUAUCGAAGAGCCUACCGCUGUCGAGGAGCCUGCUGCUGUCGAGGAGCCCGCCGCUGCUGUCGAGGAGCCCGCCGCUGCUGUCGAGGAGCCCGCUGCUGCUGUCGAGGAGCCCGCCGCUGCUGUCGAGGAGCCCGCUGCUGCUGUCGAGGAGCCCGCCGCUGCUGUCGAGGAGCCCGCCGCUGCUGUCGAGGAGCCCGCCGCUAUCGAAGAGCCCGCUGCUGUCGAAGAGCCGGCUGCUGUCGAGGAGCCUGUCGCUGCUGUAGAGGAGCCCGCCGCUGCUGUCGAGGAGCCUACCGCUGCUGUCGAAGAGCCGGCCGCUAUCGAAGAGCCUGCUGCUGUUGAGGAGCCCGCCGCUGCUGUCGAGGAGCCCGCCGCUAUCGAAGAGCCCGCUGCUGUCGAAGAGCCGGCUGCUGUCGAGGAGCCUGUCGCUGUCGAAGAGCCGGCCGCUAUCGAGGAGCCUACUGCUGUUGAGGAGCCGGCCGCUGUCGAAGAGCCCGCUGCUAUCGAGGAGCCUGCUACUGUCGAAGAGCCCGCUGUUGUCGAGGAGCCCGCUACCGUCGAAGAGCCUGCUGCUGUCGAGGAGCCUGUUGCCGUCGAAGAGCCCGCUGCUGUCGAAGAGCCGGCUGCUGUCGAGGAGCCUGUCGCUGUCGAAGAGCCGGCCGCUAUCGAGGAGCCUACUGCUGUUGAGGAGCCGGCCGCUGCCGAAGAGCCCGCUGCUAUCGAGGAGCCUGCUACUGUCGAAGAGCCCGCUGUUGUCGAGGAGCCCGCUACCGUCGAAGAACCUGCUGCUGUCGAGGAGCCUGUUGCCGUCGAAGAGCCCGCUGCUGUCGAAGAGCCCGCUGCUAUCGAGGAGCCUGCUACUGUCGAAGAGCCCGCUGUUGUCGAGGAGCCCGCUACCGUCGAAGAGCCUGCUGCUGUCGAGGAGCCUGUUGCCGUCGAAGAGCCCGCCGCUGCUAUCGAGGAGCCUACCGCUGCUGUCGAGGAGCCUACCGCUGCUAUCGAGGAGCCUGUUAUUACCGUCGAAGAGCCUGCUGCUGUCGAGGAGCCUAUUACCGUCGAAGAGCCCGCUGCUAUUAAGGAGCCCGCUACUGUCGAAGAGCCCGCCGCUACCGAGGAACCUAUUACUGAGGAACCCGCUGCUGCCGAGGAGCCUGUUACUAUCGAGGAACCGGUUGCUGUCGAGGAGCCGGUUGCUGUCGAGGAACCUAUUGCUGAGGAACCCGCUGCUGUCGAGGAGCCCGUCACUGUCGAGGAGCCGGUUGCUGUCGAGGAACCCAUUGCUGAGGAACCCGCUGCUAUCGAAGAGCCCGUCACUAUCGAGGAGCCUACUGUAGAGGAACCAACAAAGGAGGUUACCGAGGAGGCGCAUAUCCCCGAUACCGAGGAGUCUGUCCCGACCCUCGAAGAAUCCGCCCCUGCCACCGAAGCGUCUGCCCCUGUUGAGGAGGCCGUUUUCGUGGAAGAGCCUGCUAAGGCCGCUGAGGAGCAGGCUGUAAAUGAAAGUACUGAGGCUCAGUCCACCCCCACUGUGGAAGAGCCCGAGACUGUUGCUCAGAUUGAGGAGCCUGCUAAGGUUGAGGAGGAUGUGAAGGAGCCCGAGCCUGAGAAUACGCAGGAUGAUACCCUUGAGCAGCCUGCUCCAGCUGCUGUCGCCGAAGAGACCUCCGCCCCUGUCCAACCUGAAAACCAGGCCGAGGACAGCCCGGCUCCUCAAGAAGAGAAGCAAGAAGAAACUGCUAAGGACAGCAUUUUGACACCCGAGCUUCUUGGCGCCGGAGCGGCUGCUGCUGCCGCCGGCGUUGCUGCGGUCGGUGUGUCGUCGGUAUUGCACACGAAGACAGAGCCUGAGCCUAAGGACGCGACUGUUACCCCUACCAGCGAUGGUCCUUCCGACGACACGACCGAGAACAAGGCUCCUGUUGUAGAACAACAGCCCGAUGACUGUAAGCCGACGCCAUUCUCUAUCUCGCACAACGUGUCCGUACCGUCCUUCGAAGCUGAUCCGAUUCUCGCAGCGCUCGCAGGCGAUCGUGAAGCCCUGCUCCACAAGCUCGCCCAGCCUUCGACGGAUCAAUUGGCCACUGCCACUGCUGAGCAGAUAUCCACCGUUGACGAAACGACGGCCCGUAUUGAGGCUGAGUUUGAGGCUGAGUCCACCGCUGAGCCUACUCAGAAGACUACCGACCACCUGGACAAUUCGAACGAGGAAGAGGCUCGUCCCGUGAGCCAGAACCGGUCAGUGGCUGCUGUUUCUCUGAAUAGUGCACAUGACAAUUGGCUCAAGGCGUUCCUGCGCGCCGUCUUUGUGAACUUCUUCGGCUCUAUCUUGACCCCCUUCCGCCGCCGUGGAAGGGAUGCCAAAUAA